UCCAGCCUCGGCGUUGUUUGGGGACAGUCAGGCAGUGUGUCGGUGUGCGUGUGUGAGGAUGAAGAUGGCGACGGUACCGUUGUACUGCGUGUGCCGGCAGCCGUACGACGUGAGCCGGUUCAUGAUCGAGUGCGACAUUUGUAAGGACUGGUUUCACGGCAGUUGCGUUCAAGUUGAAGAACACCAUGCAGUGGACAUUGACGUUUAUCACUGCCCGAGCUGUGAAGUUCCGCACGGACCCUCCCUGAUGAAGAAGCGAAAGAACUGGCACAGGCACGACUACACGGAGCCGGACGAUGGCAGCAAGCCAGUGCAGGCCGGGACCCUGGUGUUUGUGCGCCAGCUGCAGGCCAGGACCUUCGUCAGUGCCGAUGAGGUCCUGGUGAAGAUGCACGGGAGGCAGGUGACGCAGCGCUACCUGGAGAGACACGGUUUCCGUUACCCCAUCGCCGUGACCCAGAAAGAAGGACUCGGUCUUCAGCUUCCUUCUUCAGACUUCUCUGUCAAAGAUGUGGAACGAUAUGUUGGUGGUGACAAAGUAAUAGACGUCAUUGACGUCGCGAGGCAAGCGGACAGCAAAAUGAAACUGAAAGAGUUCGUCAAGUAUUACUACAGCCGUCAACGGCCGAAGGUGCUCAACGUCAUCAGCCUCGAGUUUUCCGACACAAAGAUGUCCAAGCUAGUGGUCGUCCCUGACAUUGCACAGAAGAUGUCCUGGGUGGAGAACUACUGGCCUGAUGACUCGUACUUCCCCAAACCCUUUGUACAGAAGUACUGCCUGAUGGGAGUGAAGGGCAGCUACACGGACUUCCACAUAGACUUCGGGGGCACGUCAGUGUGGUACCACGUGCUCUGGGGGGAAAAGAUAUUUUACUUGAUCAAGCCCACCCCAACCAACCUCGCACUCUACGAGGAGUGGAGCUCAUCGCCGAACCAGAGCGAGGUGUUCUUCGGUGAGAAAGUGGACAAGUGCUACAAGUGUGUCGUCCGACCAGGAACCACCCUGUUCAUCCCUACAGGAUGGAUCCAUGGAGUUCUGACCUCUGAGGAUUGCAUGGCAUUCGGAGGGAACUUUCUCCAUAACCUUAACAUCGGCAUGCAGCUCAGGUGUUAUGAGAUGGAGCGGCGGCUAAAGACUCCCGACCUCUUCAAGUUUCCUUAUUUUGAAGCGAUCUGCUGGUAUGUGGCCAAGAACCUGCUGGAGACCCUCAAAGAACUGCGAGAAGAUAACUGUGUGCCUCCUGGUUACUUGACGAAAGGAGUGAAAGCUUUAAUUACUGCACUGAAGAACUGGCUAAGGAGAGAGGUCACUGAGCCUGCUAGCGAAGUCCCUGAUCAUAUCAGACCCAACCAUCUCAUUAAGGAGCUCACUAAGGAAAUCCGUCACUUGGAGGAGGAUCAGGGUGGGAAUGGUGUGAGCAAGUCUGUGAAAUCUCAGGGAAGCUUAGCGUGUCCUUCCACGAGGUCGUCUCAUGAGAGAAGCUCCCAGAUGCGCAAGAACGGCAGACGGCUCCGGCAUCACCACCAUCACCACCACCAUCAUCAUCAUAAUCAUCAUCAUCAUCAUCAUAAUCAUCAUCACUCUCACACGCCCAGAGCACCAUCCAACCUGGACAUCUUCGAGCAGCACACUCAGGAGGUCCUCAGGAGACUGGAGAUGAGCCCCUUUGAGGAUGAUUCUUCCUUCAACCUGAAGGUGAAGUUCAACAAAGUGUCCACAGCCUCUGCUGCAGCUGCUGAGAGGAAGCUGGACAACCACCUGCGUCUCGUGAUGUGCAACGGCCGCAUCAUCAGAGACGACAGGUGGCGCAUCCGGAAAAAGAACAUGGCUGCCAAAGAAGAAACGAGCGAUCAGAAGAGGUACCCAGUAAAGGUGAAGGCAGCGGUGGUGAAGGAGGAGGAGGAGAUGGAGGAGAAGCAGAUGGAGGAGAAGCAGCGCUGCACAGCAGGUCACGAGACGCCCAGUCCUCUCAGAGAGCUGUGUAAGAGAGAGAGCUCGGAUUUCAGGAACGGUGGAUCAGGACGAAGCACCGAGGCUUCGUCAGACUCCGAGUCGGAGCGACGUUACACUACACAGCAGAAGCAGCAGUCUUCAGGAGAAAACUCUGAGAGCUCAUCAAAUGAAGACGAAAAAGAAGAGCAGCAGGAGGAAGUGGUAAGGAAGAUGAUCUUCUCACCCCAGAGUACAGCAAGCAAGUGCAACUCCAGCAGCGCUACACAUUCCACCCACGCCAACCAGCAACUCGGACACCACAACAAACCUCACAAAAGAGAGCCUUCUACCUCACUGAGUGCAGAGGAGGACGCGAUUCAGGGCAUGCUGUCCAUGGCAAGCCUGCUGUACCCUCACCCGUCAGAGGAGGGCGCCAGCUCCCAGGAGUCCUGGUGGUCCUGCACCAGCCAUCCGUCCCCGGAUUACAAUGGGAAGGAAGCCGUGUCAGGAGAAGAGAACCCUGAUUCCGACAGCAACUCCACAAUCAGCAGUCAGGACGAGCGUCAGGUGCUAAAGCGCCACAGCAGGGAGAACCGGACCGACCGGAGCCAGAGGUUACAGGACAACCAGAGCUUCAUGGACAGCCAGGGCAGCGGUAACAGCAGCUGCAGUAGCAGUGAGGCCUGGGGCAGCCACACACAUUCACCUAGGGGUGAAGAAAGCCCCGAGUCACGUUAUCAGUACUGCGAGAUGUCCCUUUCCCCGCCCCUGCACCCAACGAAAAGACCCGCAACAAACCCACCACCCAUCAGUAACCAAGCCACCAAAGGGAAGCGGCCCAAGAAAGGCAUGGCCACGGCCAAACAAAGACUGGGAAAAAUCCUCAAGCUCAACAGACAUAAACCGUUCUUUGUGUAGUGGAAAAAGAGAGAGAGAGAGAGAGAGAGAGAGAGAGGGGGAUGUUUUUAUGUCACAAACCCGUGUGUGUGAGAGAGAGAGAGAGAGAGAGAGAGAGAGAGGGUGAACAGGGUAUUUAAAGAGCACAGUUUCUAAACAAUGAAUGUGUCUGAAGCAUGGCGAUGGCUGAUGGGCAGAUGGAGUUUGUUCCAGCUUUACCUUUUAUCAUGAACGUAUCACAUAAAGCAUUUCACAUCGUGUUCCAAAGACACAGAACCGAAGAGCAGAUCAUCAUGAUGAUUAUGCAUGAUGAUGAUGAUGAUGAUGAGAAACGCCCUGUAAGGCUUCUGUUCUGACCUCCAUUCCUACUUUCAGAGAGUGAAUUCUUGGACAUUCCUAGCGGCGUGUGAGCGAUGAACCGAUUUUCUAAAAUGGUGCUUGACUUGCGUCCUACGAGACCAGUCUCAGGAGGGUGGAGGCUCGGUGCUGAAGCCACCCUCACCUUCCUCUUUCCUCCACCUUCCCUGCUCAGACUACCUGACCCCUUCACCUACUCUCCGAGCAGGGACCGCGAGGCGGCUUCAAUCAGCGGAUCAGGUUCUCUUAUUGUUGUUUUUGGGGUUUUUUUUUUUUUUUAAGGUUUUGAAAGGUAUUUUUCUUAAGAUUUUUACAUCCACAGACUGGUUUAUACACCAUAAAGCUUGCAUUGGUAUCAGUGAUCAGGAAAAAGCUCUCUGGCGCCCCCUUGUGGUGGCCAGACAUACAUUCACAGGAAAACACAGGUUUCAGACAGGUGAUAAUAGAGAGAGACACGUUUUCAACCUAAUUUAUUACAAUUUGUACAUUUCUGGUGCUUGUUUUUGUUUGUUUGUUUGUUUGUUUUUUAUUCAACUUGUUCCUAUUGCUUGUGAAACGGUGUAUUUAUUACUGCUGAGCAUGAACGAUGAACGAUGCUUUGAUUUGAAUGUGAAUGUUUGCUUGUUGUUUGAGUUGUUGUUGACCGUGAAUAUACAGUUUACUAUAGCGUUGACGCAUUGCAGCAACAUGGUUAGCAUGUCCGAAACUACAGCUUCAUCACAGUUCUUUUCGAGUUGGACUGUACGCUUCGACAGAUGCCUGUGUUUAGAAUGGAAAAUAGCCGAGUGAUCCUUAAGCUACUAGACGACUCGGCAUGAGAGAGAAAAUUCAGUCCUUACGCGCACACGUUCACUACGCGGAUAAAUAAAUAAAACAUCUGUAGGUGUGAAAUUUCAGGGUCUGUCGAUCCAGGAGGAGCAGUAGAGUUUUAGUUCAGUAUACAUCACGAUAUAUGCAGGGGUGCCAAUAAAUAUGGUUUCACGGUUUAACCAUUUAAUGUUUUCUUUAAGUUGAUUAUUUUCCCCUAAAAGCAUGUCCCAGGACAGUGGUGGUGUCUUCGAGCCACUGUUUAAAAUGAAUUUGAGGAUAAGGAUCAAUAUUUUAUGGGGAAAAAAAAAAAAGUCUAAAUAUUUUGAGAAUGAAGUCAGAAUUUUCUGAUAACGACCCUGAAAGCAUUCGUGUUUUAAAAUGAGGGAAGUUGAGGAUUUGAUGUUGUGGUUUCUUUUGUUGAAGGGAAAUUGCAGGCUGCGGUCGUCCUUGUCGUCGUCUUCGACCGUUUUUGGUUACACCGUGUCGUUCAACAAGAGUGUGUUGAUGAAUGAUGAAUAAAAUUUUAUAAAAUCUAACCAUCGAUAUCCGUGAAGGUGACGACGGGCUGCGAUUCCUCCGUUGAAAAAAGGAUACGUUUCUACAGGUUCAUCUGGAUCUUUGUUCUAAAUAAACACAACUGAUUGCAAAGUUCAGCGUUUUAAUACUAAUACGUACUAAACUGAUGCGGAGGCCUCUGAAAAUUAAGAAUUUUUCUUUAUUUGUGAAGUACAUUUUUUUUUUCUUUGCCCUGAUGCGCACUAUUCUGUCGAGUAUUAGGACUGUUCUUGAAAUAUCACAUUUUUCUCAAAAUGUUAUUAUUUUAGACUCAAUGUUGCACUUUUUCCCCCUCAAAAUAUUCCAACUUUGGUCUCGAACUAUUGACUUUUUUCCCCCUCCGAAAUAUUGACAUUUUUCUCAAACUAUGACAGCAUUAGACUCAAACUGUUAUGACUUUUUUCUCCGAAAUAUAAUGACUUUUCCCCCCUCCGAAAUAUUACGACUUUUCCCCCCUCCGAAAUAUUACGACUUUGUCCCCCUCCGAAAUAUUACGACUUUGUCCCCCUCCGAAAUAUUACGACUUUGU